UCCCGGAGUCCGUGCGCCUUGCGCUCGGUCGCCCCCGCGCGCCCGGGCGCACGCCGUCCCCGGCCACCUUCCAGCUCCCAGCGCCUGGUCGCCGGGACCCCGCGCGCCGCCCCGCGCCAGGGUUCGCUCCGAGAGCCAGGUCCGAGUCGCCGCGGCUCGCUCCGGUCCCCCCGGCCAUGCGCCCCCGCGCCGCCCCCCGCACCGCCCCCCGCGCCCCCGCCGGCCGCGCCGCCGCCGCCGCGCUCGAGCUCUGCAGCCUCCUGCUGCUGCUGCUGCUGCUGCUGCUCCGGCCUGGACACGCGUGCCCCGCGGGCUGCGCCUGCACCGACCCACACACCGUGGACUGUCGCGACCGCGGGCUGCCCAGCGUGCCCGACCCUUUCCCCCUGGACGUGCGCAAGCUGCUGGUGGCCGGCAACCGCAUCCAGCACAUCCCCGAGGAUUUCUUCAUUUUCUACGGCGACCUGGUGUACCUGGACUUCAGGAAUAACUCGCUGCGCUCGCUGGAGGAGGGCACGUUCAGCGGCUCGGCCAAGCUGGCUUUCCUGGACCUCAGCUACAACAACCUGACCCAGCUGGGCGCGGGCGCCUUCCGCUCGGCGGGGAGGCUGGUCAAGCUGAGCCUGGCCAACAACAAGCUGGCGGGCGUACACGAGGACGCCUUCGAGACCCUGGAGUCGCUGCAGGUGCUGGAACUCAACGACAACAAUCUGCGCAGCCUCAACGUGGCCGCCCUGGCCGCGCUGCCCGCGCUGCGCACCCUGCGCCUGGACGGGAACCCCUGGCUCUGCGACUGCGACUUUGCCCACCUCUUCUCCUGGAUCCAGGACAACGCGUCCAAGCUGCCGAAAGGCCGCGAGGAAAUCCAGUGCUCCCUGCCCCUGGGGAACAGGAGGAUAUUCCUGCAUGAGCUGUCCGAGGCCAGCUUCAGCGAGUGCAGGUUCAGCCUGUCGCUCACGGACCUGUUCAUCAUCAUCUUCUCCGGGGUGGCCGUGUCCAUUGCUGCCAUCAUCUCCAGCUUCUUCUUGGCCACCGUGGUGCAGUGUUUCCAGAGGUGCGCGCCCAACAAGGACACGGAAGACGAGGAUGAGGAUGAGGACGACUGAGGCUCCCCCUCCCUUCCUGGCUUGCGGGAGCCCAGGCCGGGCUCCUCUCCAUGCGGAGAGGGAAGAGGGGAGGGGGGAAGCUAGAAGGAGUCAACCUGCGGCAGGGCCCAGGGAAGCCCCUGCCCCUGGCCACGCACCUGGCCAGUGCCCGUAGCCACGCCCCGGCCACGCCCCCGGCACGCCCAGGCCACGCCCCCGGUCGCCCUCUGGGACCUCCCAUCUCAGAGUUUAGAACCUGCCCGGAGGAGCUCUGGAAACAUCAGGGGGGCCUGCCUCCCCGCCCCGCCUGAGAUGCGAGAAUGGGGGAGGAGACGACCCGUCAGGCUUCCCCGCUGAUGGCUUAACACCAAGUCAGGCGGUGUGGACCCUUGCAGUUCCCACCGCCAAGCUGGUUUGUGCACCUGUUAUGGGCCUGGACUCGGGAGUCGGAGCAGCGGCCCCCUCCUCCCCGCGGGAGGCAGCGGCUCGGAUGGGGACCUGUCCCUGGAGGGCCCUGUCCCUGGAGCCGGGUUUCUCCUGCUGUAACGGGCUUCAGCAGCCUCGGAAGGUGCGGAGGACAAACCCCCAUUUGGCUACAGGGGCACAGAGGGAAAAGCUCAGGCCAAGCAGUGUUCGUUGCUGUAUUUGGGUAGGCAGGUGAGGAAGACUUUGGCCGGCAGGACUCACCCUCAUCCUCGGCCUCAGGAAGCAACUCGUAGAGGAAGGACGGUGGGUCAUACAGUCUGGAGGGCCUCUAUACCCAGUCACUCUGCCCCCCGAAAUACGACCAAUCGUCCUCCUCCCCUGGCCCCCCAGUUCCAGUCCCUCCUUGGCCCAUUAAUGCCUGACCCCGUCUCUGUGCUGGCCUCGGUCUGGACUUGUCAUCUCCAGAACUUGCAGCAAACUGUCUUCCAGGCCAGGAUUCCAAAAAGCAGGUUGCACCAGACCAACAAAAUGUCAAAAACAACCAAACCAAAAAAAAGCAACCAAACCCGGGACUUGGCCUCUGAGAAACGUCCCUCCCUCCGUGGCCUUAGGGUGUGUGUGAUAUUUCUUGGGAGCACGGGUUGUGACAGGCACUGCUUUCCUGGAUGUGUAAGAUGGCACUUUGGAGCAGAGAUAAUAUAAAACCAUGUCACGAGCCCGGUGGGUUGAUACGUAGUGACAGUGUCUGCAGCCUCAGACCCUGCUGGAGACUGAGACGUAGCUGGGGCUCAAGAGAAGCCCCUGGGGUGUUGCUGGGAAACACCUCUCCAUUGUUUCUCACAAUAUAUUCCUUCUGUGUCCUUGCUCCCUUGCUCCCUGCCAUCUCUGUGACCACAUAUACCGACUGAGCGCUUGCAAAGGGCCAAGCACUGGUCUGGGCGGUGUGGGGGGUGGGUGCGUUGAGUAAGAAGACAGAGUCCCCAGCUCUCUUGGCCUCGAUUCUUACGGAGGGGGGUGGGACACAAAACAAACAAGGAGACCGAACUGUAAUUGCAGGUAGAGACAAGCACUGUGAAAGAUAUAAAUGAGAUCCCGCGGAAGAGUAGCGGUUAAACUCAAGAAUGGAGAGUUGGGUGUAUUAGCCAGGGCUCUGCAGAGAAACAGAACCCACAGGACAUAUAUAUUCUAUAUAUCUAUUACUUAUCUAUUACUGUCUGUCCGUCUGUCCAUCCAUCCAUCCAUCCAUCUAGAUUACAAGGGAUUGGCUCACAGAAGUAUGGAAACCGAGAAGUCCCACUACAUACAGGUGACCAGUUGGAGACCCAAGGUCAGCCGGUGGUGUAGCUCCAGUCUGAGUCCAAAGGCCUGAGAACCAAGACAGCUGCUAGUCUAGGUUCCAGACCGAGGGCAGGAAAAGACUCAGCUCAAGCAGUCAGGCAGACAGUGAAUGAACGGUGGGGAGGAGUAAUUCUCCCUUCCUAAACCUUUUUAUUCUGUUCAGAACCCCAAACAGACUGGAUGCUGCCCACCCACCCCGGGGACCACCCUCUGCUUUACUCAGUCUGCAGACUAAUCUGUUCCCAUCGGGAGACACCCUUCCGGUCACACCCGGAAAUCAUGUUUAAUCCCAUUUCCGGGCACCCUGGACCCAGGCAAGUUGAUGCAUAAAAUUAACCAUCAUAUCAGGGAAGGUCUCGGCGGGUGGCUUCAAGCUGAGUCCUGCUUCCUUCUCUCCCUCCUUCUUUGCCUCUCCAUCUGCUCUCUUUCUCUACCCUUCUUCCCUCUUCCCCCCUCUUGAGGAGACUUCCAGCCCUCAGCAUUGUUGCCUCAAGGGGAGGAGACCCCUCGCUCAGGGAGCUGUCUUGUCACAGAGUCACUGGGUAGGUGGGGAGAGGGGCAGCAUCUUUGUCACACGCGUGGCCCCUCAGCCCCAGAGGGAGCCACCUCUGGGGUCUACCCCUCAGUGCAGGUACCACUUCCCUUGAGAAAAUAGUAGGAGCUGCCUGAAAGUUGUCGUCACCAACGUGAGGUGCUGUGUGAAUGUCAGGCCUGAGGUUCCAGCCACCAUGUGCCCCUCACUGUGAAUGAAGGCUCGAGCAGAAGGUUUUCAGUCAGGAGAGGGGCGCUCUGCUGAUGGUGAGCUACGGGAGGGACCGAGGAAAAGACUGUGGUGGAGGGUGUGUGUCAAGGGCUCAGAGGUUGAGAAUUGGAGACACAACACAAUCUCCCAUUGGCCCCUCCCCAGCCUGGCCACAGACUCACUGAGACUUGUGUGGGGUCAGAUUCUCUGCCCGUUGUCAGUGUCUGAUGCCCACCCUCAGGGGCACCGUCAGAGGGACACCACUGAAGACCCUCCAUCCAACUGGGCCCCCGCCAAAGUUACAACUUGUUUUUUCCCGGAAUCCUAGGGAGAUGGUGCCCCAAACUGGGAUAUUCCUACCACAGCUUUGUUCUAUGGGGCUCCAGGGGAUGAAUUCCCACCUCCUGAGUCUAUGCUAUUCCUUAUAGUGUGACCCCUUAGAAACGCAAGCCCUGCACAGCGUGGGGGUCAUUCACUGAGGGAACAAGUGAGUGGGGGAGGGGCAACCUGGAGCCGGAGGUGGGCGCUCGAUGGGCGUCAAUCAAUCCCACGUCUGCCAGCUGCACCCCAGAGUUUUCGAAGAACCAUGACUCUGGGGAAGAAGAGGUUUAAAUCAUUGCCAGCUGAAACCGUCACUGUCUGGAUAUAAAACUUGCAAACCACUUGGGUGGUUGGGGACAGGAGGGACAUCCACACCAAGAAAAUACACUGGCCAGGAGCCCCGGCUCAACUGGAGAAAUGCCUGUCGAGAAGUGGGGUGUCAGCAGGGGUUUAGUGAUCCCUGACUUGUUCUGGGGUCUCAAGUUGUCACUGGCAACAAGGAUGACGCAACACCACCUCUCAGCUCUCCACCGUUGUCCCUGAGUCUCCUGUGUCCCCUCCCCAGAGUCUCCUCAUCACAGCACCCCGUACUGUUUGCUGCACAGCACCCACCCAGGAUGUGAGGUUAUCCCACCCACUUGUCUACAUGUCUUUGGUCUACCUCUCUGGCCUGGAACAUGAGCUCCCCAAGCACCGGGAUGUAGGUCAUUGGUGUCCCCAGGUUUAGAGCGAUGCUUGGCACAGUGUGGUGGCACAACCAACAUACAUAUUGGGUAAAAAAAAAAAAAAAAAAAAGGAAAUGAAUGAAUUCUAUGCACUAUACCAGAAUCUCUACAAACACGAGCUCUUUUCAAGCAUUCUCAUAACUCCAGGUGAAAGUCACUAUUCAACCCAUUUUAGAGAUAAGGAAACUGAGGCCCAGAGAGGUGGGCAGGUGACAGGACAUGGCAGAGCUAGAGCCCACUCAUAGUUGGACUAAGAAGCCUGUGCUCCUGCUUACGGUAAUAGUUCACGAGCCUUGAGGAAGCUGUCUGUGAGGUGUUGGGCCACACCCAUUACGCGGCUCACAAGCCCUGGAAGGGGGUGUGUUGGUCCAGCUUCCCCCGAGAAACAGAACCAAAAGGAUGUCAUAGAGAAAGAGAUUUAUUCUAAGGAGUUGGUUCGUGUGACUGUGGAAGCUCCCCGGUCCAGAAUUGUCAGGGCUGGCUGGCCAGAGACCCAGGGAGGAGCCAGUCUCGCAGUUCAAGUCGGAACACUGUCCCCUGCACAACUCUCUCCUGCUUGGCGGAGGUCGGUCUUUUGUUCCAUUAGAGCCUUCUGCUGAUUCCAUGAGGCCGUAUUAUGACUGGGCGAUCUGCUUUACCCAGAGUCCACUGAUUUAAAUAAUCUCCUCUAAAAACACCCUUGUAGAAACACCCAGCAUGUGUGACCGCAUGUCCGGGCACCGUAGUCCAGCCGACUUGACCCAUGAGGCAAACCAUCACAGACAAGGUACCACGAUCACCUCCCCUUUACAGAUGCAUCGCCUCCACGUGGCCAUUGAGAGAACUGGUUCGGUCCUGGGAGUAACUUGCUUGCCCGGACACAGCCAGUAGGGAGCGGGAUUUGGCCACAUAUCUCUCCACGGGGCUGCAUUCCCCACUCAGGCCAGCGGGGCGGGCUGGGCAGGGACGGCGUGGGGUGGCCCUUUUCUUGGAUCUGUGUCCUGGGCUCCAGGAAAAGCAGUUGGGUGCACCCAGGAUGAAUUUAUUUUGAGUCUCUCAUCCAGUGUCUCAGACUUCUUCGGGACAACCAAAACCACCAAAAUAUUUUGCCUUGUCGCUCUCCUUAAUGUCUGAUGCCAUGUAAGGAUGACAGAGGAUUCUGGUAGCAACAUAGAUGAAUUCGUCUUUUAUUAGGCUGACAGUGGGUACGACCCUACAGCCCAUGAACCCAAGCAAGGGGCCUCUGGUUGGGUCUGGCACUUUAGAGGGCCCUAUCCCAGCCUUUGUCUAGCUGUGCUCUUCCCCCCUCAGAUGAAGAAUCUAUGGGGCCCAGGGUGCAUACCCACUCAGAACGGGCAUCCUCUUCUAGAACAUUCUCUGGGUACUUAGGACUCCAGAACUCGCUGCACAAAUGACAUCAAAGGAUAUGGACCCACCAUCCCUCCUCCAGGAUGGAAUAAGUGGUCAGGCAGUAGAGAUUGGGGGAUGGGACUAGAAAUUGGAUGUUACUUAAGUGUGCAUAAGACCCCUAGAGGCACGGGAUGGAGGCAGAGCUGGGAAGAGAAACGGGGAGGUCUUAGAGGCUCAGUUCUCCCCACGCACACAUUCUGGUGCAGAAUGUCUAGGAAUGUAAGAAUCAUUUGAAGCUGGCCUUCCGUUCAUUAAGGAGGUAGUUUGUCAAGGUUGCUGGCUGGAAUAUUUUCUUUAGCACUUUAUCUUCAUUGAUGACUUACGAUGGUUCGAUGUGCGUAUGCGAAGUGUAUUUUUAACCCUUGUCCCAGCUUCAUGGGUUGUCACAACUGGGCCUGGGUACCAGAGCUGGGGCCAAGAGGCGGCCACAGGCCCUGGCUCUGGCCUUAGGGCCCAACACUGCUUCUGCUCCACGGGGCUUUGUACAGAAAGCAUGAAAAAUGCACACACACGUCACCAGCCACAGAGAAGGCUUUGCAGGGAACAUGUAUGUUUCAACCUCCCCAUUCUCCCCUCCUUCGCCUCCUCCCCUCCUCCCUGCAAUGCCUCGCUUCAGGCUCAGAUGGCCGAAGUUAUAGGCACAGAUUUACCUUCCGACAGUGGUGGGGCACGGGUGUUUUUUCUAAGCUAUUAAAUUUAACUGGACCCUGGGGCACAUCAAGUCUCUAAGCCUCCUUCAUGUACAUCCCACACCCACCAGCCGAGUCAGCCGCCAGCCCUGGCCUUGGCCAUAAACUCCUUUUUAGUAGCCUGAGGGUUAAGUAACUCAUUAAUCACAAAAAUGGUCUGUUGAAUCCUGUCUGGUAAAACCACCCCAAAGCA